AUGCCUCCCAUCGCCCUCGAGAACCCUCUUACCACUAGCAACACAACCCCUAAAGAAACCCCUCCUACGCACCCCAACAAACUCCACGUCCACCGCUCCCCCAAACCCUUCGCCUCCGGCGCCAUCUCCCAGAUCGCCCUGCCCGCCGGAUCCCUCUUCACGCCGAUCACAGGCACAACCUCGUCACACAAAGCCUACACGUCCGUGCAAACCGGCCGCGACAGCCACAUCGAGCUGAACUCAGACCUGGUGUACUGCAACCAUUCAUGCGCGCCGACGCUGGACUUCGACAUGGGGAAGAUGGAGGUGCGGGUGGUCGCGGACCGGGACUUGAAGGUCGGCGACACGCUUACCUUCUUCUAUCCCAGUAGCGAGUGGGAUAUGGAUCAGGCGUUUGAGUGUAAGUGCGGGGCGGAGAGCUGCAAGGGGUAUAUUAAGGGGGCGAAGGAGAUGUCGAGGGAGCAGUUGGAGGGGUAUUGGUUGAAUGAGCAUAUUCGGGAGUUGUUGGAUGAGAGGGAUGCGAAGAGUGCUUAG